GACAAGCAUGGGGUCCUCUGGACCAAGCAAAAAUGUUUUCUCAGGAUCAGGAUUAUUUUUUGUUAGUAAUUUUCCUCAAAAACUAGAAACCGAAAAUAAUUCAAUUUUCAAAUCUGGGAAAGACGACUUGGUUUGGUGCAUGCGACACAUGCUUCGCUUUGGAAGAUUCACUGGACUUUUUCCUUUCACCGGAGUUUUCCAAUCUGACCUUUAUCAACUAAAACACAAAAUAUGUUCAUCAGCAGGAAUUUGGUCAUUGGUUUGCAUUGCUUGUAUUUUUGUAUCGUUGGGAAUCGGUCUCUUGGGAGUUGUUAAAUUGAGGGGCACGAACGCAACAGAAUGGGCUUGGGCGUCUGAUUCAGCAGCCUUUUAUCUUAUUGGACUUUUGUGCUACAUUCAUUUCCUAAGGAGAGGUCCCGAACUUGUUCGCAUAUUUCAAAAAUGGUCCUCACUUCCCCUCAACUGCAACCUCUACGACAAAACUCUUGGACGGGAUGUAAUAUUAUCGGGGGCUCUGUUGGUGUCCGGAAUUUUAGAAAAUUCGGUGUGGACUUAUAACGGAUUUACGCAACAUGAGCCACCAAAUGAUGGUUCGUCCAUACUUCGAAAUUUCUUCGAAAAUUCUCGCACCCAAUGGCUCAACCUUGUAGAUUACUCGCCCAUUAUACCUCUGUUCAUAUUCUUCAGCAACAAAUUAUGCAUGUGGGGUUGGAACUUGACUGACAUUUUUGUGAUUUCAAUGGCAAGAGCAUUGUCAGGAAAGUUUAAAGCUUUUAAUGAGGUGGCGAGGAAGGAGAUUUCUAUCGGAAAACGCUCCACGAAUUAUUCUCGAGAGCCAAUUACCAAGCUGGAAAUGAUGUUACUCGACCAUCAACUUCUCCGAGAGUUGCUAAAGGAUGUUGCUCUUUUCUUAUCCCCACUACUUUUCUUGCUUUACACAGGGAAUUUAUUCUUCAUAUGUCUGCAGAUACACCUCGGAGUGACCGGGAAAGCCACUAAGGAGUUUUGGGGCUCUUCGUACGCAUUUUGGGCAUUUCUGCAUCUAUUUGUCAAAUUAUUUGUAACAACGAGUACGGCAGCUAAAGUAAACUAUCAGGUGCAUCAGUUUGCAGACAUUUUGUACGAGGCUCCCGACUACAUGGAUAGCUCAAAUGCUCGUAAAACUCGCGAGUAUUUGGGUACCAAAGCGUUCGGAUUGGAUGGACUUGGUUGUUUCGUAAUUAGGACGCCGUUUAUGCUCAGUCUUCUCAGCUUUGUUUUCACGUUUGAAAUUGUACUGUUUCAGUCCACUUUUCCUUCGUGUGGAUCAUUCAAUCGGACAAAUUACGCUACCUUAGAUUAACAUACGUAUUAUGGUUCAAUGAUGGAUUAAGGAGAGUACUUAUUAGGCAGAAGAGGAUCCUAACAAAUUAUCAAGAAAUAUUUUCCAGUACAAAUAAAACAUGCAAAUUAAUGUGUAAUAUGAGCAAAUUUUUAGUUCAGAUUACUGCUAUGUAUAUGUAUUACGUCUUGUGGCAAUUUAUAAGGUUAUGAUUUGUCGCCGUUGUUGUACUGGAAUUUCAUAGUUUAUAGUUGCAUGUAUAUGCACAUACAUUAUAGUUCAUAUAUUACUAACAUAAAAAUAUCAUGCCAAUUGCCAGCAACUAUUUUUAAACUAUCUUGAAAGUUUAGUCUCAUUGGGAUGUGUAAAAUACAGGUCUGGAAAAUAUUGAUCCCAACUAGGUAACCAAAUAUGUUUUAAUUUUAUCCAUUCUUUAAAUGAAAUAUGGUAACUUCACUGCACGAAUAAUUCAAAUGGUAGAAAAUUGACAUGCCUGUAAUUUAGAUCUGUUCUGAUAUAUUUAUUGAUUUCCUUGUCACUACUCGUCAUGACCGAAAGUCUUUGUCCUACACGUGGCAACAAUUGAUCGCUUUGCCCAAGUACAUAUUUAAAUAUAAGAAUAUAGCAUUCAACCGACUGCAAUUUCAUAAC